GUUUAUUGUUAGAUUCAGUCCCCCACUUGUUGAGGUUGAGUGAAGUCGAAAGUACCUUCCUCAAACUACAACAAACAAAGCUCCAGUUUGUGGCGCAACCAUAGUGACGAAAGCUCGCCGGCUUUUCUUCUACUACUAGUGUAACAUUUUCCGAGGUCACAUAAGAAAUGGCAGGUUUCAGUGAGGUACUUGGUGUCAGUGAAUUCAAGACGAAACGGGACAGCAUAUGGAAGGCCCUAUUGGCAGAAUUCGUUGGAAACAUCAUCCUAAACUAUUUCGGAUGCGCCUCCUGCAUGAUUAUCAAGCCUAAUGUUGAAAAUCCUAACUUGGUCCUGAUUGCACUCACGUUUGGUUUCUCUGUGUUUAUCGCCGUACAGGCAAUUGGUCAUGUAAGCGGAGGACACAUUAACCCUGCGGUAACCAUAGCAAUGCUGGUCACUCGAAAUAUUUCCCUGCUAAAAGCGAUACUCUACAUCAUUGUACAAUGCCUAGGUGCUAUUGUUGGUUCAGGUCUUUUAAUGGCAUCCUUGCCCGAACGGUACCACGAUACCGCAAUGGGCGUUACCAACCUUUCCGUACCAGUAGGCAACGGCAUCGUCGUGGAAAUUAUGCUCGGAUUCAUUCUGGUAUUUACCGUCUUUGGGGUAGUCGACGUAAAUAAGCAUGAAAUAAAACCGAUUGCCGCAUUCGCAAUUGGAGUCUCUGUAACUAUUGGACACCUUGCAACCGUAGACUACACCGGUGCCAGUAUGAAUCCUGCCCGUACCUUUGGUGCGUCAGUCAUUAACAACCACUGGGAUGAUCAUUGGGUUUAUUGGGUGGGUCCCAUUAUUGGAGGAAUUAUUGCCGGUUUGCUGUACAAGUACGUUUUCGCCGCGCCUUCCACUGGCCCAUUGAAGAUAAUCGAACGUUACACUGCUGUCGUUACCGACGAGAAAGAGCUUCAGAGACUGGCGGGAGGAAAGCACGAGGAAACUAUGCCUUGAAAAAAUUGUACCUCUACCUACAACAAAUAUUAAGCUUUUGUUUGAAUCUCAAAAAUUUUAAGUUUUGUUUACUGGUUGUUUAAUUGUAAGCUUGAUAAACGAUUACUGCCAGAUGUUUGCAAGAUCUUGUUAGUAUUUAAGUUUAAGUUUAGGUAUCUUUAUUAUUUUAUUAUAGGUAGUUAACUAUAAA